AUGGCCUUGGGGGAGUUAAUAUGUGAUAUUCUGGGAUAUAAGCUGGACCAGGCGGCGAGCACCCGAGCCCAGGCCCCCGGCGUUCAUCGGGAACUGCCUCUGGGAGCCGCCGCCGUGUCGGGGAAAUUUGAGGUUAUGAACAUGGACAUGAAGUUGGGGACAACCCUGAAGAUCAAGGGCAAGAUCGCUGAUGAUGCUGAUGGCUUUGUGAUUAAUCUGGGCCAGGGGACAGACACGCUGGAUCUGCAUUUCAACCCGCGUUUUGGUGAAUCCACCAUAGUCUGCAAUUCAUGGGAUGGCAACAACUGGGGGCAGGAGCAAGGGGAAGAUCACAUGUGCUUCAGCCCGGGGUCAGAAGUCAAGCUCACCGUGACCUUUGAGAGUGACAAAUUCAACGUGUAGCUGCCAGACGGGCACCAGCUGACUUUCCCCAACAGGCUGGGCCACAGCCACCUGAGCUGCUUGAGUGUGCUGUGUGGGUUCAACCCCUCCUCCUUCAAGCUUGACUGA